AUGCCGGAGGAGCGUGGGAGGGAAGAUCAGGCGAGGGCGCAGCGGAUCCGGCAGGGAUCCGGCGGCGGCCGGCAAGAGCGUGCUCCGGCGACGUGGUGGUGGCGGGCGGGGCUCCGGCGAGGAGGCGGUGGCGCGCAGGGCGGCAACCGCUGGAGGCGGGCGGUGGCGUGCGGGGCGGCGGCGAACUCCGGCACAGGCGGCGAGGCGACGCGAGCGGUGCGGGAGGCUAGUAUCGGCGGAUGGGCGGCGGCGUGCGUGACGCGGGGCGGCGAUGCAGGCGGCGGCAGGCCGGGCCUGCGCGGGCCCGCGAUGGGCUCGGGCGGGCCGCGGUGGCCACUGGCGGGAGGCGGUGGCGCGGGCCACGUGACUGGCAGCGACUGGUGCGCGGUGUCGGCGCAGACACGUCCGGUCCGGGCGGCGGGGGGAGGAGGUAGGCUAGGGUUUCGCCCAAAAAUGGAGGGGGAGGUGCCUUUAUAUAGGUAG